GUGCACAUGAUCAUGUCUUGCCGACCAUGGAAUUUGAAUAUAAUUGAUCAGUAUGAAUGUUCAAAGGAUGUCGCUGAUCUAUUAUAUAUUGUUGUGAAUUGCUCAGCGACAACCAGAGAUGAGUGAUAUCGAGACCAAGGAAUACCUUAAAAUUGUAAAAGUGAGUUUUGAUUUAUCUCCAAAGAUAGUUCGAGCUUAUACAAGGACAAAAGUUUUAACACCAAAGUUUGAUGGAUCAAUAAUAGCUUGUUUAGAUUCCUGUACUGUAAAACAUAACAUUUAUCAUGCAUAUAAGGGUGGUGAAAGAUGUUGUGAAUGUAAUGAUCAAUAUACUAGGCCUUCCAAAUCAGCUCAGGAAUGGAUAUUUAAAAAAUUAUAUUACCAAGAUGUAAAUGCCAAGUGCAACAAAACAAAGCGUAAUUGCUUGUGUAUGCUACAUGCAAAAGAAGAUAUAACUCUUGAAGAACUUGAUCUUCCAGUUUUAUGUGUGAUUUUAGAGGGAAAUGGGGCUGCUCACCAAGAUAUUGAAAAACUGAGUAAAUUGAGAAACAAAAUUUGUCAUGUACCUAGCACUCAAUCUGUUGGUAUUGAGAAGUGUAGGGAUAUAUGGCAAACUAUGGAAAAGUCGAUCAUUGCCAUUGCACGGUUGGUGGAUCCAAAUUGGUAUGAUAUGGUAAAAGACCAGAUUAAGAAUAUACAGAAAUUUUCCUUUGAUGAUGAUGAUGUGAAAGAGUUGAAUGGAAAAGUAGAUAAAUACAUCCAGUUAGUAAAAAUUGAGUCAAUAGAGGUUAAAAAGCAUGUUUCUGCAGAAAUUGGUACUGUCAGGGAAGACUUGCAGCAAAUUAAGAAAGAGGUUAAGGAAGAGAGUCAAAAGGUGAUAGCUGCAUUGGAAGAGAAAAUUUCACCUGUGAAAGAAGAACAAGCUACUUUUAAGAGAUGUAUACAUAAUAUAGAUGGUAAGACAAAUAUUUUAUUGGAUGCAAUUAACAGUAGGAACAGAUUAGAUGCAAUAAAUAAAAGGAACAGAGAACUCCACCAGGCAUAUUACAGCCAAUUUAAUAGUUUGCCAGAAGAGAUAUACUUUAUACAUGCAUCACAUCUGUUUAGGAAUUCUGGAAUUUACUCACAUCCAUUGCAACAAACCUUAUACAGACCAGAAACCAGCUACAGACAGAUGUUUCCAUUUUCAGUGCCAGCAAAUCUAAAAGAGUUGGAAUUGGAAAUUAGAAAUCUGGUAUUUAAAAUACAGUUGAAGGGAAUUGAAGAACAUUUUGCUAUGGUUGACAUCCCUUCUCUAGCAAAUGCCACCCUUUAUGUCCAGUGGAUACUUUAUACCUGUCCAACAUUUAAGUGGAAGAUGUCUCAAGUUUUAAAGACACCAGAAAAGGAACUUUGGUAUACCCCGCCUUUGUUCAAAAUACAGAGUUUAAGCAAAGAAGAGCCAUAUAUAUUUCAUACAUCAGUAACAGGCAAAGUUUUUAACAACUGGACAGAAUUCCACAAGGCUGUUUCUUCUUUCCUGGAGCACAUUGUGACAGUAUGCAAUAUAGAAACAAAGGACAGAACAUUUGUACGUGUAGACUUCAUUCUUCUCAGUGGACCUGUGUCAGACUACAGUAAAAGGUUUUUGAAAACAGGAGAGGAGAUGAAAGAAUCAGAUGAAGACUCAAGUACAACAACAGAGAUGUCAGAUACCGUGUCAGAGUCAGAAAUGAAAAAGGCAAAAAUUAAAGCUGAUGAGGAAUCUGUAAAUGAAUGUUCAAUUGAUACGGAAACAGAAGAAGGUUUGAUAGAUACUAAGAAAACCCAGAUUUUAAUACCUCAAUGGAAGAAGGAAAUGGAGAGGAUAGAUAAAGAAAUUAGAACUGGCCAUAUUGUUGUUAGAAAAUUAGAGAAUGCAAAGGUUGGGUCUGCUGGCCAUGGCACUGAUUAUAUAAAAAUGCUGAACACAAAAUCAAGACUUGAUCAUUUGAGGAAAAGGAAACAAGUCAAAAAGAACUUAAUUAAAGCAUAUGAGAAAACACUCCAAUUGCAGGAAUCAAAAAAAGAUUUACAUAAAGAAGCAGAUGUUUUUGGUUAUAACUAUGAGAUUAUAAUGUGCUUAUCAUGUAAAACAACAAGGGAAGAAAACCUCCUGUGCUGGUGCAAAGAAUGUAGCAUGGUAUUAUGCGACUCUUGUUCAGCUGAACAUAGAAUUAGCACAAAAGAUCACACAAUAGUGUACUCCCCAAAUAUAACAUUUGGAUAUAAACUUGAGAGAAGUUUCAAAAUUGAAUCGUUACUUGGUAUGAUAGAAGAUGUAAAGUUUGUUAGUAGGGAUAAUAUAGUAAUGUUGAAUGUCUGGAAUGAACAAUUGAUUGUUUGUCACCUUGAUGGGACAAAUCAGCGAGAUAUAUCACUCAAUAUAGAAGACCUGUCAGCCGAAGCAAUGCCCAACCAAGAUCUGCAGAUGUCCCACCAAAUUGCAGUUAUUGAUGACACUAUUGUUGCGGUCAGUUUAUGUCGGUAUAGAACCGUAGUAUUAGUAGAUAUAAUAAACGGCUUAAUUACAAAGAAUAUACCAAUUGAAAGGUUAACUGGUGGAAUUGCAGUUAUGGACAAAAGGCUUUUGGUUUGUGCUGAAACAGAAGUCUUAGAAGUGAACAUAAGCAUUCAGAAUGAAGAUAAUAAUAUUGAGCCUAAACAUAUAAUGAAUGUUUCUGACACAAAGAUUUUAUUUUCUGUAGAUGAUGUGAAUCUUUGUUGUGUUCAUUACAACCAAAGAAUCUCCUGCUUCAAUAUGAAUGGACAACAGUUAAAUGCAUUCUCUACCAGUCCAUUUAACUUCCAAAGCAUGACAUUGGAUGAAGAAAAAAAUAUAUUGUUUAUGGAUGGAUCUAAUGUAAAGCAGACAAGGACAGAUGGCACAAACACAAAGACAGUUAUUACAUUACCAAAGCCAGAAGAUCAUUCCAACUCUGAAUCAACAGCCUUAUGUUGGAUGCCAGCUCGAAAGUUCAUUAUUGUCACGCGAUAUGACACUGUAUAUGUUUAUAAGAAGAUUUAAGGUAGAUUCACUGUAUACCACCAUCUUGGAUUGUAAAAUAGCAGUACAUAAUCAGUCUAGUUCUUUACCUAAACAGCAAAUUUUGAGACAGAUUUGUAAUUUAUGUGCAAGACUAUUUAAUUAUGUAAAGAUAACUUUUAUAAUAAAAAUUUUAGACUGGAGGGAUAGUGAAAUUUUCGCUUUUUACUUGUAGCAAGAAAACAAGUUCAGUGACACCAUUUUUUCUUUUUAUUUUCUUAAAGCAUAUUAUGAAACCUAUCUUCUCAUGUUUUAUUUCAAAAUUCUAUCUCAUAGAUUUCUUUUUAUUUCACAAAAAUGUGUUUUUUCAUGAACAAUCUAUGCAAAUUAAUGCAAUUUUGCAUGACUGGUAGCUUGAAAAAUAGCAUGGUGACCCAUACUUUUAAUUAUAUUUUUGAAAAAAGCAUAGUAUAAUCUUCAUUUUGAAAAGUAUAAGAACAUUCUAUCUGAGGAAAUAUAUACCAAUGAUCCACCUUAACAAAUACAAAAAUUUGAUAACCAUUGAUCUGUCUCCUACAAUUAUGAUUUUCUUGAAUGUUGAAUUUAAACAACAAUUUAAAUCAAACAGAGGGACCAAAGCAAAUGUAUGAUAUAGAGUAAUUUCCUGUUUAUUACAGUGUUAUUUAUGAGUCAGUAAUCAUUCAUCAUAUACUAUUAGAUUUUGUCUGUCAGAUAUCAGUGAAGGUUAAUCCAGAAAAUGCUUAGAACGCACAAAAUGAUACUCUGUGAUACUGUUUUUUUUAUCAUGGUUUAUCAUGUCUUCAUGCACAUUUUAUUUUUCACUUACAUUAUGGAUGACACUUUGGCAUCUAGUGGUCAUAUUAUUCUAUUGUUUACAUUUGAUAAAAAAGAAAUAAUCAUUCUAGGAUUAAUAAGAGUAUGAUUUUUUGUGAUUUUGUUUGCCAGAUAAUGACUUUUAUUACACCUUCUUCUUUGAAUAUAUAUCCAUUGGAGAGUGCCUGAAAGUUCUAUAUAGAAUAAUUAUAAUCAUUGAUGGUCAGCCCUUUUUUGGAUAGAUUUUGAAGUAUUGAGUGAGUUAGACAAUUAUUGCUUUUGCUGUGUUACUUACAUUUUGACUUACCUGAAAGUUAGUGAGUAGGUUUAUGAAAGAAUUAUUGUAAAGUGCAAAAAAAAAAAUGAAAACAACAAGUUAUAUGAAUUUAAUUCGUCUGAAGCUCUUUUCUGGAUUUACCUUCAUCAGAGUGUACAUCAAAGAAGGUUCUUUGACCUUAUUUUAUACUCUGGUCAGCUUUCAAUUACUAUAAGUAAUAAAUGAGAUAUGAUUUGGUCAAUUGAUAGAUGUAAAUGUCUGUGUGACAGAGUGUACUUGAUCACAACCUUUUUUAUUGGUUUAAUCAUUAGUCUAAAUAGAUCUUUUUAAUUAGUUCUGUAAUAAAGUUCAAGUAGUAACAGACCAAUUAUAUUUCAUCUCUAAAACAUUGUUAGGUAUAUAUGUCAAUUUGACAGAGAAGGUUAUAUCAAAAACAAUGUAAUUUUGAAAGCUUAGGACAUUUGAUAAAUGUAGGUUUGCCAUGACAUCAUUGAUUUCAACAUAUUAUACUUUCAGAAUCAAUAAAAAGGGUGCAAUGAUACUACAUGGGUUUGAAUGUUUUGUAGCAUGAAUUUAUUUACACUGUAUACAUGAUUUUAAUGUAUUUGUAUGUGUCUUAUUUGACACAAAGAUCUAAAAAAAUGUUACAGUGUAUUAGUAUAAAUGUACUAAAAGUAUUAUAUUUGUAAACAGAUAAUUUGAUAGAUAAAAAAGUGUUAAGAAAACAGCAACAAUAGUUAACUGUAAGUUUCUUGUAAGUUUAAGAUAUAAAACAUUAGUAUUUCAUGAUAAAGUAACUGCUGAUAGAGAAUGACACCAAUAUAGCUUUCUGCUUUGAAUUUGGUUGCAUUAGUAGUCUAAAAUACAUUUUUCAAACAGUAAAAGAUUUGGGAAACGGACGAAAGUCAGAGGACAAAAAGUCACAGGACAGAAAGUCACAAAUUUGAUAGGACAAAAAGUCACAAAUAAUUUGUAUACAAUAUUUGAAUAUUCAAGAGAAAGAUCUUGAAAAAUUUACUUUUUAUUAAAUAUAUUCAUUUUACAGUUUAGGAAAUAGUUCAUUGGACUAGAUAAAUGAAGAUUUAUUAAAUUUGAAUCAUGCAAAGGAUAUAUUUCUUGGCACCAUGAAGCCGUUUAAGUACAAAGCCACUUUGACAUUUUGUUUUCUUAACAAUUGUUUGAUCAUUAUUGAUAUUUUUUUAAUCAAUUUUGUUUACCAAGUAGCUUUAUAUAAAAAAGUUCAAGAAAAAUACAAAAAUGUUUUUUUUUAAAAUAAGUGUUUUCUUGUUCAAAGAAACAUAAUUUCAAACUGAAUUGUGACUUUUUGUCUGUGACUUUUUGUCCUGUGACUUUCUGUCCUACAUUCAAAGAUUUCCCUCCAUCAGGUUUGAUAUGCUAAUAGAUGCAACACGUUCCAACAAUCCACUGUAGUUUUAAUACAGAGUAUUACUUAACAAAAUAUCAUCCUUGUUCACUGUUUUAGAUUUCCCAUACAUAAAUUUCAAAUGGUUAGAUUCAAAGUCACAUUUGUUUACCUCUUUGUAUAUUUUUACUUAAAACAACAAAAUAUACUUUGUUGUGAUUUAAAUUUUUUAUGAAAAAUAUUUAUUAUUGACAUAGUAAUUUUAUUUAUUUUACAUAUUUAUUUUCACUUUAUUUUUUACAUUUAGAAGAUUUUUAUAUUAAAAAUGAUGAAUUUGAUUUUAUUUUUUUAAUUAAGUGUUUAUAUUUGAUUGACCAAGUUUUACACCAAUAAAGUCCCAAAUACUAUAGUUUAAGAUGGAGAUACAUAAAAAAUUAUGUUGAGAAAAUGACCUUCUAGAUUUAAUAUGUAUCAAGUUUUUGUUAUUAUGACUUAUAAAAUUAAAACAAAUAAAAUUAUAUUUUCAUCUUUUCGUGUACAAAAUGUAUUACUUAGUCAUAAUCCUGAUUUGUUAGUAUUCAUAAUUAGUUCAGUUAUUAAGUUCUACUAGUAUCAGACCUAUUAUAUUUGGUCUCUAAAAAAGUGUUAGGCAUAUAUAUUUCAACAUGACAGAGAAGGCUAUUUCAAAAGUCCUUUAAUUGUAAAAUUGUAUGACAUUUGAUAAAUGUAGUUUGACCAUGACAUCAUUGAUUUCAAAAUAUUAUUCUGUCUUAAUCAAUUAAAUAGGUGCAAUGAUACUGCUGCUUGCCAACAUGUAUCAUAUUUUCACGUCUGGGCCUUUUAUAGCCGACCAUAUGGUAUGGGUUAUUUCUCAUUGUUGAAGGCCUUACGGUUGUCUAUAAUUGCUUACAUCCACUUCAUUUGAACUGUGGUGGAUAGUUGUCUCAUUGGCAAUCAUACCACAUCUCCUUAUUUUUAUAUGGGUUUGAAUAUUGUAACAUGUUUGUAGAUGAAUUUAUUGGUACUGUUAAUGUUAUUACAUUAUAUGCAUAAUUUUAAUAUGUUUGUAAUAAUAAAACUUUGUAUGUGUCUUAUAUUAUUUUAGUAAAAAGUAUAUAUUAA